UUCGCAUUCAUUUCCAAGUUUAAAUAUAAUUGUAACGUCACCGCGCGCAAAAAAACCAACGCCAAAUUUUAAAAGGCCGCAUCGUUUCAAAGAAUUGUGUUAAGAAUCUACGGACUCGUAUUGAGACACAUAGAAAACGUAUCGUGCCUUUAUUUCCAUCGCUAUCACUUUGUGGCGCAUUUUGCGGGCUACAAUGGAUAUUUUUGUGCUAAAAUGUACUUAGGCCCGCUCGCAUGCUCGCGUGGUUGUUCAGACUAAUUUGUCAUUCUUUUUUAGUUCUUAUUUUUCUCAAUGCCCUCUCGUGUGAUAAUAAUAGUAAUAUAGUUGAUGUUCCUGGGCUACAUUCAAUUUUUGGGUCUCUCUAUGAGUCGAGUUAAUCCUCGCCUCGCCUAAUCCUCGAAUCAGUAGUAUAACUAGUAUAGGGGGUCUGUAGGACUGGCAUGAAAGUGAAGCUCUAAGAAAAAAGUGGUCACGCAAACUACCAAUGUCACGCGCCAGGAGAGGACAGCAUGCGACAGGAAAAAAUGUUUUCCUGAACGCGUUUGUGUGUUUAUUUUCCUGUGUACCAUGGUCAAGUAUUGUGCUGUUGCUCUGUGCCGUAAUGGGAGUAAGAAACGACCUGAUCUCAGUUAUUUUUGCUUUCCUACAAGGCCCAAUGAGCGUAAGAAGUGGGAGGUUUUCUGUUAGCGAGCGGAUAAAAAAUUCAAGACACUCGGCGAUCCAAGAAUCUGUUCAUUGCAUUUUAAGGAAAGCGACAUCGAGAUUUCAAUUUCAUACGGUUAGUUCGCAUUCGAAGCGUCUUGCCGAUAGGAAGAGACAGUGUGAUGAACAACCGCAAGCCAAGAAAGUUUGCCCCAGAAAGCUCGAAUUUGAGGACUCCAUAGAGACUUAUGUGGAUUUUAGUGCUGAUGUGGCUUCAGUAAACCAUGAUCACUCGUACUUUUGCAUCGAGGAACAGGCAACACCGACUAUAUGUUGCCCAGGUUGCUCCAGGGGUGGGGGUAUUUGUCCCAAUUUUUUGCCCUACCCGAGGGGCUUUAGCAUGUAAUUGUCACGGCAGCUGUGACAAAUGCCCCUGGGUGCCCGGGGGUCGACCCCUCGGGAUGGCCGCUGAUACCCGAUAAAGAAAUCGCGGCUGGUUUGGAUUCUAAAUAUCAUGAUAAAGACUAUUAGGAUUUUUCAAAACAUGAUUUAUUAUACUUUUUUGUAGUUGUAUACAAUUGAAAAAAGUUAUAUAUGUGUCGAAUAAAAUGAAUGAUGGAAUGAUG